AUUUUUGAAUCCCUCUUUCAGAAAUCAGAAUCAGAAUCAGAACAAGAAACGGAAACCAUAAAAUUUGUGGCGAAUAGAGAGAGAAGCAGAAUUGAAGCCCUCUGUAACUCAAUGCUGCACACCCCAUCUCUCCUUGCUUUAUCUCAUGGCCACCCUUCAUCACUUCCCCUGUUUUCACUCUCUCUCCUCUCCUAAAAUCUCCUUCUCUUUCCAUUUUCCAUCACCCUACUCCGGUCUCAACCGCCUCCACAACUUCCGUUACUCUACAAUUUCCGCUUCAUUGGUCAAAAAACCCCCCAGAGCUAGUAGGAAACCGAAGAGCGAUGAAGAGCUUUGCAAUGAUAUCAAAUAUUUCUUAUCCAGUGUUGGACUUCCUGAAAAUCAUGUACCUACGACGAAGGAGCUAUCGCGCUACGGAAGGCAAGAUCUCGCAAACAUAGUCAGGCGUAGAGGAUAUAAAUUUAUCCGACAGCUUCUAGAAACCGCGUCUACAGCAAAAUUCAUUGGGUCAGAUACAGACACAGGUCAGACUGGGAAUCUUGAGAUGCUUGGUCAAAGUGAGAAGCAGAAUGUGUUGUUAGUUGAACUACUGUCAGAUGAGAGUAAAGAGGAAGAUUCUAAUUGUUGCAUAGAGGAAGAUGAAGAGCUCCAGAGGAACGAUCAAAGUUCUGUUGCUGCUGAAUCCUUAUCCUUGCAGGAAAAGGUGGCCAGGUUUAUUCUGCUCGGGGAACUGGAUCAAACUGAAGAUGGUGAAUUGGGAAUCACCAAUGAUGAAAAGGGCGAUGAAGAAGGGAAGACAGCUGAAUCUGAACAUUCUAAUGAACCUGAAUUUGCAUUCAGUAUGUCAAAUGGAAAUUUCCCUUCAUCGGCAGUCAAGGUUGAAGAUCCAGCAUUAGAAACUACCACCUCCAGGAAUAGUUGUAUCUCAACCAACGAACAAACAAAUAUCACUGGUGAGGAUUUGGAUGAUGAGAAACAAAAAGUGGAGAAUCUAACAGAUAUCUAUCAUCUAAGGUUCUUGCUGUAUGAAAAAGAAUUGGAACUGGUCCAACUGAAGGAGCAGAUUGAAAAGGAAAAGCUUGCUCUAUCUCUUUUGCAUAGUAAAGCAGAAGAAGAAAUAAGCAAAGCCCAGGAACUUAUUUCUGAGAAAGAGACUGAAUUACAUGAAGCAGAAGAAACAUUUCCUGGACUAACAGAGGUUGAGAUCCAGUAUUCAGGGGAAGCGGAGACUGUGGAGCUAGCUGGGAGCUUCAAUGGCUGGCAUCAUAAAAUUCCAAUGGAGUUGCAGUCGUCAUCGAGUGUCAUUGACCAUACGGAAUCCAGGACAUCUCGAGAUUGGCGAGUGGUGUUGUGGCUGUAUCCUGGGGUUUAUGAGAUAAAGUUUGUUAUUGACGGUCAUUGGGAAAUUGAUCCUGGAAGGGAGACAGUAACCCGUAAUGGUGUACUCAACAACAUUCUUCGUGUAGAUAGUCUAGAUGAUGGGGCUUCUGAUUGAAGUUGAAAUAUAUACAUAUCUUGAGAAAAUGGAGGCAGGUAGGAGAUAUCUUCCCACGUCUACAUAUAGACACAUCUACUUGAACUGCACGCGAAGAAUAUCAAUGUGCCCAUGAGAGGAAUGUCGUAGAUACCUAGUAACAGACACUUUGCAUUUCAGUAUGUCGUAACAGUCCCGCUUCUUGAUUUCUACUCUGCGAAUUCGUGUUAUCUGUUGCUUGAAUGAGUUGGUAAUGCUAAUGCAGGUGAUGAAGUGCUGUUAUGGACUGAAUAAUACGUCUCUUUUGAAGCUCCUCUCCUUUUGCACUGCUGGAAUAAAGGAUGUCCAUAUACAUUGGGUUUAGAUGAUAGAAUUUUGCUUAUGUCGGAAAUCUUGCAACUUUGAUCAGUUUAGUUACUGAUACUGCAUAUUGAGUAGCAGCUUUUGUCCCAUGAUCUUAAACUACAGUUUUUGAUGAGUUUAGGAAUUCUAACUUCAGUUUAUGCCAAAGUCUGGUUUGAUUUUUUCA